AUGUCUCAAGCUGCCCACAACCCCGCAGCCUCCGAUCGCUCGUCGGUGGUGACCUACCUGACACUUUCGUCCCCAUCGGCUGACCCCACCGACGACGGCGGUUCCAACACACCACCCCCGGAUCCUCCCAAACCCCCCACCGCGUCUCUCGACCUCACGGCGACAAACAGCGGUGCUGCCGGACCGGCUCUUCCUGCCCCAAGCCCCCGUCUCACUGCUGCCCCCGUGUCUCCACUGUCUCCGGCGUCCGCGUCGACCUCUGCGUCGGCCGUGUCGCUCAUCGGCCAGAUCUCCCGCCUCACCGCCGCGAUCCAGGAGGUCGGCGACGGCGUCGCGACCGCGCGGGACCGCGCGGCGGAGCGGCACGCGGCGGCGCUCGCGCGUGCGGCGGAGCAGGACGCGCGCGACGCGGACGUGAACGCACGACUCGAGGCGAUGCUGGCGCGGCAGGAGGCAGCGGCGACGGCGCGGCGGGCGCAGGGGGGUGGGGGGUUCGGCUCGAGCACGUUCAAGCGGGACCUCGAGCGUGCGGCGUUCGGGACGGGCGGGAGCGCAGGGACGGUGUCCCGGACGUCGUCGCUGCUCGAGGCGAGCGGAGUCGGGCCCAAACCCCACGGCGGCGAGGGCUGGCGACUUCCCGGAGUUUCCGCCAGCCAACCUACCCUGCAGCCCUUUCCUGCACGCGGGGCCUUCUACCCCAUCGACCCUAUGUGGUCAGACGACUCUCAAGGUCGGCCUUGGGACGGCUACCACACCGCGCGGUGGCAGCGUGUCUUCACCGCCGACCUGUCGCCGAGCAGCCCAUACUACCCCUCCAGCUCGCCCACUCUCUCCCAGGGAGGAAGCCAGUCGUCAUCAGCCACCGGCGCCUCCGACAUUCCGUCCAUUCUCCACCCGGCCUUCGCGACCCACCUCACACAGUCGAUGCGCCGCGUUUUCAUCAACGACGACACGGCGGACCGAGACGAGAUCAGGUCGACCUGCACGCCGUCGCGCCUCAGCCGGCGCGUCCGCUUCCUCCCUCACCCGGUGAAGACAGACCUCCCGUACAAGUCGGUGUCCGCUCGGCACGAUCCCUCGGGCGGGUUCGUCGUCGAGGUCGGCAAAGUCGAUGGAUCCGCGCUCUCUCCGGAGUCUGGCUGCGAGGCGGAUGUCGAAGAUGAAGAUGGAACCGAGGGAUCGUGGAGCCCGGUUGCCGUCGAGGACGCUUCUGUCCGUCAGGGCGCUGUGGAGGAGGCAGUCGCGUACAUCUCUAUUACUCCGCCAGUGAGGAAGUCGUAUGCGGCCGUCGUCGCCUCGUCUUCGCGGCCAUCUGGAUACUUCCCCCCGCCUGUUGGCCAGGUAGUCCGUGCUGGAGAGCGGUGA